AUGACGGAUCCAAGCUACAGCGACGAUAAAAGGGCGAAGAGGUAUAUGGACAUGCUGCAAAUCGUUGCCGACUCUGACUAUGGAAUUCCGCGUCGCUGUCCAUGCGGUGGCCAGAUUGUCAUACAGAUCUGUAACGCACAAGCAGACAUUGGAAAGAAAUACUUCAUUUGCAAAGCCUUUGAGGAUGACGGCUUGCACAGAAAGAAAGAAUGGGAUGAGGCUAUUGAAGAGGAAACCGAGAUGCUAAGGAAGAAAGUUGAUGGCCACGAACGCAGAAUUCGAAGCUUAAAUUCGAUGGAAAAUCGUAUUAAUAUAAUAGAAGAAGACGAGAAGAAUAACGCUGCUGAGAUUGACGAAAUUAAGUAUUUCUUAAAACUCGUUACCCCAAUGAUUUCUACUAGCUGUAAACUGUGGUGUACGCUUUAA